GUUACAUUGUUAUGCACUUUAUUUAUUAUGUGAAAAUUUAUUAUAAUAUUUAUAAAUUUUGUGUAAUUACAGAAUAAUAUCUUGAAUGAUAAAAUCAAUAAUAAAUAUUUUAUAUGUUCGUAAUUCAGUAUUGAAAUAUUCUUAUAAAUAUUCUUAUUUUAUGUGAUACUGUGUGUUAUAAAUUUUAUAUAAUUAUAUUUAAUUCAAAAUAAUUUAUAAUCAAUUAUUUUGUUAUAUGAAUUUAGAAAUGCCAAAAAUUUCAGAUUAUUAAAGAAAUUUCUUACGAUUCAUGAUGAUGGCAAAUUACCACGUACUAUUUGUCCUGGUUGUAAUAUUCAACUGGAGGCUACAAUACAGUUUUUUGAAUUAUUGGUGGAUGGUCAAAGGAAAAUUCGUGAGAUGUGGAAACAUCAGGUAGAACAACAGCGUAAAGCAGAACGAGAACGUCUUCGUGUAGAAAAGGAAAACACAGAAAUUAGAUCUGAAACAUUACACUUAGAUAAUAUUUCAAGAUACAAUGAAGAAGAUCAAUUUGAACAACAGAUUAUAAUAAAAAUAAUGCCAGAUGGUUCUAUGUAUGCUGUGGAUCAUGAAAUGAGUUUACAAAUGGAAGGUUUAAAUAAACCUAAACGAAAAAGAGGGCGUCCACCGAAAUCUCAAACAGAAAAUAUAUCUAUAGAGUUAACAAAAGGAGAAGUAUUAGAAGGGGUUAGUCAAGAGGAAGAAGAUAAACAUGAAGAAGAAGCAGAUGAAGUAGAUGGAGAUGGAAGACGUCGCAGAAAACGUAAAGUUCCAAAAAGAUAUAUGGAAGCAGUUCAAGGUAAAGAAUUAGAAAGAAUAUAUAAAGAAGAAGGAGUAAUUGAUGAAGAAGAUGAUGAUGAACAAGAUACUUUUGAAGAUUCUGAAGAACAAUUAAAUAUGUCAGUUCCUGAUAGUCAUGAAGAAAUAAUUGGUCAUUUAGAGUCUGAAGAAGGAAAAGAUCUUGGAGAAUUAGUGAUAGUAAAUCGAGGUAGAGGACGAGGACGACCAAAAUUACGUCGUAGAAGAAAUAAAUUUACAUGUCAAUUAUGUGGUCGAGGAUUUCUUCAGCGUAGUAGAUAUAUUGUACACAAGAGUUUCCACAAAGGUAUAAAAUAUGAAUGUUCAGAAUGUAAAAAAUUAUUUACAAAUAAGGAAAAUUUAGGAUUGCAUCAAAAGGCAACUCAUCAUAUUGGAAAUGAUAUUAAUCAAGAAUUUGAACAUGCUAUGCAAGAUUCAAGUUUAGAAUCAAAACGUCAUUUAUCUGGAGAAGAUAAUAUUUCUAACGUAAUAGAUCAUGUUUUAACUGAAGAGCAAUAUACAAAUAAAUUUUCAAAUAAUUCUAAUGAUUACCAAAAAAACUUUUCAUGUGAGCAAUGUAAAAAGUUAUUCGAAACAAAGGAAGCAUAUGAAUUACAUGUUAAAGUAGUUCAUGAUCAUGACAAGUUAUUUAUUUGCACUAUAUGCAAUAAAAAUUUUACUCAACAAACGGCUUUAAAACAUCAUAUGUCAAUACACGAGAGACAUAAAUUAGAGAAAGAAUAUCCAUGUGAUAUUUGUGGAAAAGUACUUAAUCAUCCUAGUUCUGUAGUAUAUCAUAAAGAAGCGGAACACAAUAAUGGUCGGCGAUUUGUUUGUAAUAAAUGUGGGAAAAGUUUUAAACAUAAGCAAUUAUUACAACGUCAUCAACUUGUGCAUUCUGAUGAUAGACCUUAUAUUUGUAAAUCUUGCAAUGCCAGUUUUAAAACAAAAGCAAAUUUAAUUAAUCAUCAAUCUACACAUACUGGUGAAAAAAAAUAUUUUUGUGAAAUCUGUGGACAACAAUUUGCACAUAAAACUAGUCUUACAUUGCAUUACAGGUGGCAUACAGGACAUAAACCAUAUACAUGUGAGGUAUGUCAUAAAAGUUUUUCACAAAAUGGAAAUUUACAAGAACAUAUGCGAAUACAUACAGGAGAAAAACCUUAUUGCUGCGAUUAUUGUGGCAGAAAGUUUACUACUUCUUCACAAUUUAAACUUCACGUUAAACGACACACUGGCGAGCGUCCUUGGAAAUGUGAAUUUUGUGCAAAAUGUUUUUUGCAUAAAGAUACAUGGAAAUGUCACGUGCGCAGACAUAAAGGAGAACGACCUUUUCAGUGUGCUCAUUGUAAUCGAGGUUUUACAGAGCAAUGGGCUUUAAAAAAACAUCUUCGUUUGCACACUGGUGAAAAACCUUAUUCUUGUGAUGUUUGUGGAAAAGCAUUUGCGGAUUGUUCAAAUUUAACAAAACAUAAAAAAGUGCAUAGAGAAACUAAACUUUCUACAAUAAGUGAAAUAGAAGGAUCUCCAAUUGGAGAAGUAUGGCAAAUUUUACCUAGUUCUCAAGAAUCUGAUGAACAAUCAUUAACUGAUCAAAUGGCUCAAGUUAUUGCAACAGAUGAUACAUCUGGAGAUGGUAUUCAACAAAUUAUAUAUGUUUCAUACCAAGAUCCAGAUGAUCCUAAUCAAUCUCGAACUUUACAUUUCGUUGAUGCUGGAAUGAUGAGAAAUAAAGAAGAAAAAACAAAUGUAAAUCAAUCAUUAUCACAUUUAAGUGUAAGCAAUGAUGGAAUGCUUUCUAAUCCAGAUCAUGAUACUGGAAAUAACAAUUCAAAUGAACGAAUAAAUGUAGAACUUUCAGAAUCUGAUCUUCAACUUCAGAUUACAGAUGAAGAAGGUAAUCCAAUUCCUCUUUCAAUUCAAGAUGCCAGACAACUUUUAUCUCAAAGUCAAUUUGUCAAUCAACUUAGUGAUGGUCAAGAAAUUAGAGUCCAUCCUGGCGUAAUACAAGAUGAAUUAACAACACCAUUAAGUGUACAUGUUAAUCAAAAUUCUGAUAUAAAAGAUGUUGACAUUUCCAAUACAAUGGAUGCAAAAGUGAAAAAUAUUUCAACUGUACAAACAGAUGCAGAAGCAAUUGUGAAGGCAUUACAGGAUGAAGAUACAGAUGCAAAUGCUGUUGCAACUAUUAAUCAAAUGGAAGAAUCGGAACAAUCUGGAAUUGCAGAAAACGAACAAGCAAUAGAAUUUACAACACAAGAUGGUCAGAAAGUUCGUUUAGUUACUUCUUAUCAUGUUGAUCCAAUGCAACUUGCUUCUGAGUACCUGACUAUUGUAUAAAACUUAAUUAUAAAUUUGUCUAAAUAAUUUCUUUAAACUUAUUCAAGUAGUACUUUAUACUGAUUAAUAGAAUUUUCAAAGUACCACUUACUUAUUGACGAAACUUUACUCAAGCAGAAUACGAUUAUAAAUAAAUAGUCAAAAAUUAACAUUGAAAUUUAAUUAUAUUUAUAAUCAAAUUUUAUUGUUAUUAUAAUUUAAUUAUAUUAAUUUUUAAAUUUAAUUAAAUACUAUUUUAAUUAAUUUAUUUCAAUUGUUUUAUUUCUUAAAUAUAUCUUCGAUCUUUCCUAUUUUUUUCUUUUAUUACAUCAUUUUUUUACAAUAAUUAUUACAACAUUAUUUAUAUUAAGUAAAAUAUUAAUAAAUUAAGAAUUCCAACAAAAUUAUAUAAUGUUAUAUUACUUAAUGUAAAAAAAUGUAUGGAAAUAAAGUAAAAAAAUGAAUUUGAUUGUUCUAAAAUAAUUAAUAUAUUUUAAUUAAUAAUAUAAUAUAUUACAUAUAAUUAUAUAAUUAUAUGUAAAAAAGUAAAUAAAAAUCUCAACAAUAAUUAAACCAAUAUGAAUCGAUUUUUAGACAUAGAUAUCUAUUUAAUCAUAGUACUCGUAAUGUAUACAUAAUUUAUAUAUACAUUUUAUUUUUAAAAAUAUGAAAAAAUAACUGACUUUAAUUAUUUAGUUAUUAAUUCUUUUAUUCACAUAUAAAAGCAAUUAUAAUUUAAUAAAUUUUAUAAGUUAAUAAAGUUUCGUUAAUAAUUAAGCGAUAUUCUUAAGAAAUUUUUCACAUGAUUUUAUUUCUGGUAAAUUAAAUUAAAAUAAUAUUAAAAUUUACUAAUAUUAUGAUAAUUGAUGAUACACACAUGCUAUCUAUGUAUAUGUAUUCAAUAUGAUAUACAUAUAAUAAAUAUUUAAAAUAUUUGUUAAUUUUUUUUUAUGAUUAUAUUUUAUUUUACAUUAAUGAAUAAUGAAAAAAGCAUAUAUAUAGAAUAUAGAAUGAUUUUUGAAAAUAUUUUCGCAACUUUUCAUUUAAGUAAAAUAUUAAGUAAAUAAUUUCAUUUAAAGAUUUAAAUCAUAUCCAUUGAUUUGUAGAAAUCCAGCAUCUCUACAAAGUUGGUACAUCUGAUUUAAAUGUUUAUCAUUUUUGACAGCAUAAUCUUUUAAUAAUAAUUCUGUUUUUAUAGAUGAACCAAUUAAGUCUUUAUAUCCAAUUAAUUUUGUUCCAACAUUUAAACUAUCUACCCAUAUUGUAUUUCCAAGAUGUAAAUUUACCUAUUUAAAUCAAUAUUAUAUUGUAUUUGUAAAAAUUAUAAAAACAUAAAAUAAGAAAAAGUAAUAUAUAACAUACCGUUCCAAUUACAUAUGAUCUAUUAUCAACAUUUUCUUUAAACCAUUCAUAUACAGCAUUAAUUGCACAAUUAUUCCAAACAUAUUCAUCAUCAUGAGGAACUAUACCAACUAAAAAUACUUCAAAUACUUGUAUAGGAUAUUUUAUAAGUUCUUUUGGCAUAUAUAGUAAAUUAUAUACCUAAUAUAAAAAUUAUAUUAUCAUAAUAUAAA